AUUUGCCGUAUGCUUUCCAAUUUGAUUUUUCGGACGGCCCACUUCGUCAUCGAUCGAAUCGAUGAACCAGUAGUGAAAAAAUCUUUUGCGGGUUGCUUUUGGUUUCGAUGGAUUAUCACUUCACGUCGAGUGACCGAAGAGGGACCAAGAGCGCUCCACAGACGAAGAUGGCCUACGCGAUCCUCUGGUUCGUCAUCUUGCCGCUCUUUCUCGUCCGCAUCCAUGUAGCCACCUUGUACGAUUGCCGGUGCCGCUGCGGUUGCUAUGAUGACAUGAUAUAUGAUUGUUAUAGCCUGGCUGUCAAAUCUGGUUUUACGAGGAAACAAGUGGUAAAUGAAGCAAAUAGGGUAAAGGUUGAAGUGGAUCAGGACAAGGGAGUCUGGUUAUGGUAUGGGGAGACUGCAGUGCCGUCGUCGUCUAGCUCCUUUUUCAUCAUAGAUGAUGAACACUCUUCAAGUACGACCACCGCACCGACAGAUAUUUCACCAGGUGGGACUUACAGACGAAUCACCACAAAUUUGUAUAAGGGUCCGCUUCUGGGCCGUGGGUCAUUUGGAUCAGUCUACGAAGGAAUGACUGAUGAUGGAUUCUUUAUUGCUAUAAAGGAAGUCUCGUUACUCGAUCAAGGAGAUUUGGGAAGGCAAAUUGUCUUGUAUUUGGAACAGGAGAUUGCUCUGCUAAGUCAGUUUGAACAUGAGAACAUAGUCCGUUUUUUCGGCACAGCAAAGGAUGAUUCCAAUCUCUAUAUUUUUCUGGAGCUCAUGACGAAAGGUUCCCUUGCAAAUCUCAAUCAAACAUAUCAUCUCGGAGAUUCUCAAGUUUCUUCAUACACAGGACAGAUCUUAAGCGGUCUAAAGUAUCUUCAUGAUCGCAAUGUGGUCCACAGGGACAUCAAAUGUGCAAACAUCUUGGUCCAUGCAAAUGGAAUUGUGAAACUUGCAGAUUUUGGAUUGGCAAAGGCAACCACAUUAAAUGAUAUCAGAUCUUGCAAGGGCACUGCAUUCUGGAUGGCACCGGAGGUUGUAAAUGCCAAAGACCGUGGCUAUGGGCUUCCAGCUGAUAUAUGGAGCCUUGGGUGCACUGUAUUGGAGAUGCUGACCCGUCGGGUCCCAUAUUUUCCUUUGGAACGGAUGCAAGCAUUGUUUCGGAUUGGAAGUGGUGAGCCACCACCGGUACCAGAUUCUUUAUCGAGAGAUGCAAGGGAUUUUAUCUUGCAAUGUAUACGAGUUAAACCUGACGACCGGCCCACUGCAGCUCAGCUCUUAGAUCAUCCAUUUGUGAAGAGACCAGUUCCCACAUUGUCGGGCUCGGCAUCUCCUUAUCACCAUCUCAGUAGAUAACUGACUGCAUAAACCAUAUCGAAUUCAUCCUGCUUGUCCAUAGCUGUCAACUUCUCACAGCCUUGCUGCGGAUCUGGCUGGAGACCUGAGAUUAUGGAAAGCAUGUAUUUGGUCCACAUAAUCAGGUUUAUAAAAUCGUGCUUUGUAAAGAUGUUUCAGUUUGAUGCCAAGGGUAGAUAACUUUUUCUUCAGUUUUGUUUCUCUCAGUUUCUUUUUAUGCCAGUGAAACUGAAGAUUGCAAGGGACAGACGUCCCUCCUGUUGUUGUUGUCGUGAGAAAAUAAAAGGGGAGACAAAUGCAUAUAUAUCUUUCAGGAUAUAUAACUAGUUUGUGCUAACUAGUUACCUUUA